AUGUCUCAGUCUAUCCCCAACGUCAACCCCGCGUCUCGUCCGUCUAGCCCGAAAGGACCGACGGCGAGCCCAGCCCCUAGUGGCAGAACUUCGAACGACGCCAUGCCGCACUCGCCCACCUAUGCGCAAAUGGCUGCUCGCCCUCCGUCCCCGAGGUCUACGAGCAGUGCUCGCAGCGAAGUAACUGCUCCCAGAGGCAAAGCCCCGGCCACGCCUCCUCCUACCCCGUUGCCAACGGAGACUCCGGACGCUGCGCCGUUCACCCAGAGCGUCGCGGAACCCGAAGACAACGGCGAUCACGAAUGGGUGACCGUCAAGACGUCGAAGAAGGUGAAGAAGAACAAAGCUAAGAAGAACAAAGGGAAGGCCAAGAUAACGGACUCUGCGCCCGCCGCGACGACCAGCCGCGAGGCCGACUCUCCAGAGCUGCCCUCCUCCCCGAAGGAGCGCGAGCCCAGGAAGCGCCGCCGCGUCGCCGCUGACUAUGGCGACGACGACCGCUCGACUGACAAGCACCAGGACGCCCCGCCAAGGUCCUCGUUCCCCUCAAACUCGCUGCCGAUCUUCGGCCAGAGCCCCCCCUCUCCAUCCUUCUUUGCUACCACUAUGAACUAUGGCAACGGCAACGCUCCCGGCGACAGCAGCGACAUGGACGUCGACGUCACGGCCGACCUCCGCGCCGAGCAGUUCGGCCAGCCGAACCUCCUCCUUAACCACGGAGACCCUCCUAGCCAGACCUCUCUUCGUAACAACCACUUCGGACACCUUACGCCCGAUGCAGCUGCUCCGAGCUCCUCCUACUCGAGACGGAGUGAUCGCAGGUCCGCGAGGAAGCCCUCCCCUGCUAUGUCUGAUGACAACCCCCCGUUCCCUCUAAGCCAGGCCCGCGUCUCGUCGUCUAUCCCACCAACGACUCCAGUCCAGACGCGUGGCCAACGCGUCCGGACUGUGACACCAGCGGCUCCGUCGCGCGUGUCGACCAGGGCGAGCCGAGGUCGACGCGACGAGAGGUCUCCGACGCCGCAGCCGUCACGUAGCAUUCACGUCUCCAGUGACGAGGACGUACCUCCCCGCAGCGGAGUAUCCUUCUUCUCAUCCGAUGACGACCGCAGCCCGACCCCUCCUCGUCGACAGCGCGGCCGUGGCCGUUACUCAGUCGCUGGACCUUAG